CGCGCAACCAAUGCGGAUGGAGUCCAAAGCUAAGUUUCGAUCGUGGAGAACCGGAGAACGCAAAACAGUUCCCACUCGACGCUACAAAAUCUACAUUUCAACGUGAAAAAGUCACAAAAAAGAAGGAACACCGAGCCCUUUUCGUGUGGCCGUUAAAAGUGGAAAAAAGUAGAUCGCCUCGCGGUCGCGAGUUCGGGGGCUGUGAGACGUAGUGGGUUUAGGAAUUUGCUUGCGACUGCUUCCGCUUCUCAUUUAUAGAAGAAAAAUUCACGUCAAAAGGCGUGUCCAUCGCCCUGUGCUUUGCCGGCGUGUUUCACGACCAGCAGGUUGCAGGAGCAAUUUUCUCCAGAAAUCGAGAGAAACUCGGGAAUCCAAGUGUCAGUGUCAGCUUCUGUCCGGAAAUUGGAAAAACCCAGCUGUCAAGAAAAUAGGCUAGUCUAGCAAGAUGUCAACGGCUCUACUCGCUCUUUUCGCUGUUAUCCUCUGCAUCCUUUUCAGGAUUCUAAAUGUCAACAGUGCACCUCAAAAACCAGCCUUGGUCUGCAAGGAUCAGACUUUCCUCGCCACAGUUCUCAAAAUCGCACCUGUAAUCACUGAGACGUACAAACCAACGAGAUUAUGGGGUUUCAGUGGACAUGUUCAGACAAUUAUCCACAGCAUAAUUGGAAGAGUUCGGUGUCCAUGGCCAAUAGGAGAACGAGUUUAUAUUCGUCUUCCAGACGAAACUACACUCACUUACGAUCUUUACGAGCCCCUAACUAACAGUCACGAAGAUGACGUGACGAUAGCAAUUUGUCCAGGAAUUGGAAACAGUUCCGAAAGUGUCUACAUCCGAACUUUUGUGCAUUUUGUUCAGUGUCAUGGUUACAGAUGUGCAGUUCUGAAUCACGUUGGAGCUCUCUCCAGUGUAAAAGUCACUGCGCCAAGAAUAUUUACAUACGGUCACACGGAUGACUAUCAUGUUAUGCUGCAGAGCUUAGCAGAAAAACAUCCAAACACAAGGAUAGUGUGCGUAGGAUUUAGCCUGGGAGGAAAUCUAGUAACCAAAUAUAUGGGAGAACGAGGGAAGGAUAAGAUGUCAAGCAUCAUAGGUGGUAUUUCAAUUUGCCAGGGCUACAAUGCCAUUGAGGGUACAAAGUUUCUCUUAAAUUGGCAGAAUUUCAGACGUUUCUACCUGUAUAUAAUGACAGAAUCGGUUAAGAAUAUUAUUCUGAGGCACAAGUACGUACUUCUGUCCGAGGAUGUUAAACAGAGGCAUGGAUUGAUAGAAAAAGACAUUGUUUCGGCUGCUACUUUGCCAGAAUUGGACGAAGCCUAUACGAGAAAGGUACACAAUUUUAGAUCCGUGAAGGAUCUCUACAAGUGGAGCAGUUCGGCAUUUUAUUUAGAGAAUAUCGCGACACCUAUGGUGUUUAUUAACGCCGUUGAUGAUCCCAUUGUUCCUGAGGCGUUACUAAAACCAAUUAAGGAUUUUGCUGCUAGUCAUCCGAGUGUUUUGUACGUCGAACUGGCUCACGGUGGUCACCUGGGAUUCUAUGAAGGAGGUCUUCUCUAUCCAAAUCCAAUAACAUGGCUGGAUCGCAGUCUCGUCGCCCUCGUGGGAGCCCUAACUUUAGCGAAUGCCGACCGAGAGUUAAAAGCUUCUUAACUCUAUAUUUUCUAAUUAUAUCUUCAAAAAUCUAAUUUUCCUCUCAAGGAAAUCCGCAGCUUGUCUCGAUCGACUCGACUCGAGACUUGUGCGAAAGUGACUGAAUUUGUGAGAAAAAAAAAGCUUUGGUUAAUUGUAGCCUCUCGAGCGAAGCUAGAGAUCUAAAGACCCUAAGUUUAACAAAUUAUUAUCAAAGAAAUUUGUGUUUUUUUUUUGUUUUUUAUUGCCGGGAUUGUAAAUGCACUUUUUUUUGACUCAAUUUAAAAUUGGAGAAAUUUCGAUUUAUCUUUUGAAUUUGAUUCUUGAAUAUCUUUGGAUUCUCUAGAAGUGUGUAGAGAUGUUGUUUCUGAAAGAACGCGAGAAUCGUAUUAUACUUAAGUCUUCGCUGUAUUUUGUACAUGUAAUUUUUGCUCAAUACAGCGCAUAUUUUUGCAGUUACAACGA